UUCUGGGGCCCGGAGGCUCGCUUCGGCAAGCUUCCAGGCGUCGUGUCCACUCGCGUGGGUUACACCGGAGGGAAGACCGAGAACCCGACCUACGGAACCGUGUGCGGCGGCGACGGGCACACCGAGGCUCUCAAGGUUGAGUUCGACCCCAGGGUGAUCUCCUACGACGAUCUCUUGAACGCGUUCUGGGAAGAACACAACCCCAGCGGGUACAAGCCCAAGGCGCAGUACAAGUCCGCAAUCUGGCCCACGAGCGAGUCCCAGAAGGAGAAAGCUUUGGCAUCGAGGGCGGCGAUCGAGGCCAAGUACGGCAGCGUGCACACGGACAUCGAGGACGAGCAGCCUUGGUGGGACGCCGAGGAAUAUCACCAAAAAUAUUUCGAUAAGAUGUCGGGCCGCCAGUGGAUGUGA